AGACACGCAGUCACCGUGGUCCCCGGUGGUUGUAGCGAUUCGGUAGUCUUAUAACGCAAACCUACUCAACCAAAAGACGGACAUGGCCAGCAUUCCCCACUUGCGAGUCAUUGCUCGGCCCGUACUAGUUAUUUCCACAUUCACCUUGGUUUUAAUACUUUGGUUAAACUUAAAUGUAAGCAAUGUAACCAAUUCCAUUUUUAAUUACCGUAGUUGUUAUACAUCGACAAUUCAACUAACUGUAACUGAUUCAGCAAGUAUACUUGGACCAGUACCUCAAAAAAAGAUUGAUAACAAACAAAAUCAGAAUGUAAGUGAAGUGGCCGUGAACGAAUCAUCGCAACCGUCAGUUCCUCAUCAAUCGUCUACUGUUACGCAACUAUGCCCUCUCGUUUCCCCUAAAUUAGUUGGUUGGACGAAUAUUUCCUUGGAGAAGAUAGACAUCCUUCGAAAUGAGACUGACGUGGAAUUGAUAGAAGCUGGAAUCGAGGCUGGUGGAAGGUAUCAACCAAAAGAGUGCCUAUCACGACACAAAGUCGCUAUCGUGGUGCCUUACCGAGACAGGAAAGAUCAUUUGACUGUUUUCUUACGUUAUCUGCAUCCUUUCUUGCAGCGACAGCAACUCAACUAUGUCGUUAUUGUUGUUGAACAAUCCAACAGCUCGUCGUUCAACAGAGGAAUGUUAAUGAAUAUCGGGUUCAACGAAGCUCAGUUGCAAGAAGAUUUUCAGUGUUUCAUCUUUCACGAUGUCGAUUUCCUACCAGAGGAUGACGGUAAUCCCUACACCUGUCCGCAAGCCGGAAAACCCAGGCAGAUGUCAUUCUCCAUCGAUUACUGGGACAAUUACAAACCGACACCGGCUAGCCAUUUCGGAGGAGUUACCGCCUUUUCUACAAAUGAUUUCCGACAAAUCAAUGGCUUCUCGAAUUCUUUUUGGGGCUGGGGUGGCGAAGACGACCAAUUAUAUCAACGCGUUCGGUUCAAUAAUCUAACCGUAGCUAGAGCUUACGAGGAUCAGCCAUCACUCGUCCAUCUUGUUCGAUACAGGACUUUGUCGCACAAGAAAGCAGAACCUAAUCCCGAUAGGAAACUAGUGUUGAAGGAAGGCUCGGUGCGAUUUCAAGCUGAUGGUUUAAAUGAUCUUCGAUAUAAGAGGCUCAAUUUUGAAUUGAAACCACUUUAUACUCAUAUUAUUGUUGAAAUUCAACCGUAUGGUGACCGUAACAUGUCAAGCGUGUUAACGGAAUCUCUGUAAAUCUUGGAAUGAGCUUGUUCAUUUGA